UCUUCUUCUCCGCCCAACCCGACUCACGGCUGCUCAACUCUCUCCGUCUCCGUGUACCACCCCUGUGCUGUGCCCUAGGGCUGCAGCGGUGCUUUUUAGCUUAGGGCAUCACCGUUGGCGCCUCACCCCGCCGGCCGCCGCACGUCGAUCCCUCCGCUCCGCCUCUUGCGCCGCUACCGCCGUCCCGUUCUACCCCAUAUCUCGUCCCUGCUGCUACCGCACCGUCCCCAAUCUCGGACAUAGGUUUUUUCAGGUACCCUACCCUAAUGCGUUGAUUUCUACUGGAGCGGAUGGCCCAUACCCGGUCAGGAGGGGCGAACAACGAUGGAGCAGGGGACACUGGUGCUGCUGCUGCUGCUGCUCCCAGCACAAGGAAAGCCGGUGCCGCUGACGCUGCCAAAGCAAAAGACUCCAAUUCUGCCGCCACCUCUAGCUCAUCUGCUGCCACUGCAAGGGAGUCCAGAAGCUCGUCUGCGCGCGAAACAAGUGAUGCACAGCAGCCAAACCUCAGGAGGUCGAAUCGAGAAACAAGGGGAAAGAAUCCUAAUUUACUAACCACUGCCAGUCCUGCCUCCACACCCCAGAAAUCUUCUACAAGGAGCAGGAGCAGCGGCAGCACACCUGAAACCCUAGAAUCGUCACCAAAGAAGCUAAAAGGAGUAGCAGGGUCGACAGGGAAGGCUAGUACCACAAGAAUGUCCGACAGAGUAAACAAGACAAGGGCUUCAGCUUCUACUGCUUCAAAUGAUUCAAAUGGAAUGUCUAGUCCAGUGGCUACCCCUCAUAAGACCGCAAAAAGACAAACUGAUGAACAUAACUCAAUGAACAAUAAGCAUGAUGCUACCGAAAGCGGUACCAGGCCAUCGAAGAAGCAGAAAAGGCUAACCGCAAAGAGCUAUACAAAGCUCUUCAGGCCAUCAUCUGAAGAAAAGGAAAAAUCCCCAGGCGAUGAAGGAAAUGCUUUUGAGGUGCACAUGGAAGACAAUGGUUCUCUUUUGGGGUAUGAAGAAAGUGGCGGACAUGAAAAAGAUAACCAGGCAGGUUAUACUUCUGGCCUGUGUGAAGCUUCCAAUGUGAUACUGGAUACACAUAUGACUACUGAUCUGUGCUCACAAAAUAAUGUGGCUGAAAGCAGUCCUGCAAUGGAAGAGCCAACCGAUGAUUAUUCAAACAAAAACUUUGUACCAGAACCACGAAGUAGUCCUAACUCUACUAUCCAUUCCAAAGAGGCCAAGAAGGCAAUUGAAGAACAUAUUUCCAUUGAGAUUCAAGAGGCUUGUACUUCCAAGCAAGAUGAAGUUACCCAAUAUGAUGAAAGCGAUUGCGACAAGCACAUGUGUGAUGUUUGCAGAAGUAUGGAAACCCCAGAAAUUCUUAAGUCUUGUGAUAGAAAUAGCUGUAAAAGAAAGUACCAUGUUUCUUGUUUGGGUCUUCCCAUGGAAUGUGUCUCCCCAGGUAUAUGGUGGUGCAGUAUAUGCACUAAAGACAGACUUCUGUCUGGUGUAUAUUCAGUCAGUGAGGGAAUUGAAUCUUUGUGGGAUGUCAAGGAGGGAGUGCAGAACUGCAAACAAUAUUUUGUGAAGUACAAGAAUUUAGCUCAUGUACAUAAUCGGUGGAUCCCAGAAAGUGAUAUAAUUGCCGCAGGAGGUCAUAAUCUCGUCUCUAAAUUUACUAAGAAAAUUCAAAAAGAAAAGACAAUAAUGUGGAGGCAGGAAUGGGUGGAACCACACCGGUUGUUGAAGAAACGAUCACUUAUGCCUCAAAAAGAAGCUGAAGAAUUUUUUCAUUCAGUUGGUAAUAAAUUGGUAUUUUGUAAUGUCGAAUGGCUAGUAAAAUGGAAGGAUCUUGGUUAUGAGCAUGUGACAUGGGAACUCGAGACUUCAUCAUUUUUGUGUACGCCUGAGGCUGAGGAACUCAAAAGAAGCUAUGAGAUCCGCCGGGAGGCUGCAAGAAAAGCUUCUGACACUGCAAAAAUAAACAAGGUUAAGCAAUGCCCAUUUCAGAAACUUCUGAAGCUGCCAGAUGGGUACCCUCCUGGUUCAGACAACCUUCAUUUGAGUUCGCUUAAUCAGCUCCGUGAGUUCUGGCACAAUUGUCAUGGCGCUAUCUUAGUCGAUGAUAAGGAGCGUGUAAUUAAGACCAUUCUUUUCGCUAUGUCCAUAUUGCCUGAUGUAUGCCGUCCACUUCUCAUUGUGUCCACUUCCGCUUCUCUCGCAUUGUGGGAGGCUAAGUUCAACCGUUUGGCACCAUCCAUCAAUGUAGUUGUGUAUAAUGGGGAGAAAGGCGUGCGCAAAACAAUUCAAGAUUUGGAGUUCUAUGAGAAGGAUUCUGUGAUGUUGCAAGUUCUCUUGUCCCACCCUGAUGCUAUCAUAGAGGACAUCGAAACCAUGAAAUGCAUUGGUUGGGAGGCGGUCAUAGUUGAUGAUUGUCAAAGCUCAAGAGUUUUAAAAUGCCUCGAACAACUUACCUGUCUUCACACUGAUUUUAGGAUGGUUCUCUUGAGUUCUCCACUUAAGGAAAAUAUUCUUGAUUACAUCAACCUACUAUCUUUCCUCAACUCUGAAGGAAAUGAUAUUUCUAGCAUUUUAAAUGUUGAUUUAUCUAUUGACACACCUGGUACCAUAGAGAUGCUGAAAUCAAAACUCAAACUUCAUGUUGCAUUUGAGCGCAAAGCGGACUCGUCAAAAUUUGUGGAGUAUUGGGUUCCUGCUCGCCUUUCAAGGGUGCAGCUAGAAAUUUACUGUCAUAUCUUACUAUCAAACUCACCAGCGCUUCAAUCACAUUCAAGAACUGAUAGUGUUGGUGCUCUUCGUGACAUUCUUAUAUCCCUCCGAAAGUGCUGUGACCACCCUUAUCUAGUAGAUGAAACGCUGCAAGUCUCACUUAUCAAGGGCCAUCCAGUAACUGAUAUCCUAGAUAUUGGAGUGCAUGCAAGUGGGAAGCUACUGCUUCUUGACAAAAUGCUCCGAGAAAUCAGGGAAAAAGGGCUGAGAGUUAUUAUUCUUUCCCAGUCUGGUGGUGGGGCUGGCAACCCAAUGGGUGACAUUUUGGAUGAUUUUUUCCGUCAAAGAUUCGGUCUUGAGUCAUAUGAACGUGUGGAGCGUGGUUUGCAUGACCGAAAGAAACAGAGUGCAAUGAGUAUGUUCAAUGACAAGGCUAAGGGUCGUUUUAUUUUCUUGAUUGAUAGUCGUGCAUGUCUCCCAAGCAUUAAACUAUCAUCGGUUGAUGUCAUCAUCAUAUAUUGUAGUGAUUGGAAUCCCACAAAUGACUUGAGAGUCCUCAAGAAGAUCAGCAUAGAGUCACAAUCUGAACAUGUGCCCAUUUUUCGUUUGUAUUCUUCUUGUACGGUGGAGGAAAAGGCUCUUAUACUUGCAAAGCAUGAUCAUACUGUUGAUAGCAAUAUCCAGAAUAUAACUCCUAUCUCAAGGCAUUCUCUUCUUAGUUGGGGUGCAUCAGUUCUCUUCAGUAGACUCGAGGAGCUAAAAAACAAUGAGUACUUAAGUAAAGAUUCUGAUGCCGAAAAACUGUUCAUGGACAAAGUAAUUUUGGAGUGCUUAACAAAGUUAUCCACUGAAGUUGAUGCCAGCAGUAAAAUGAACGAUGCAGCCAUAUCACAAGCUUAUCUGCGUGGUCCUUCUUAUUCUAGCGAUAUUGCUGUAGUAGGUGAGAGAGAGGGCAUAUCUGCACCUGAUGGUGAUCUGCCAAAGUUCUGUACUUUCUGGGUAAAUUUGCUAGAUGGAAAGUCUCCUCGAUGGCAAUAUAUAACUGAGCCAGGACAACGAUGCCGUAGAAAGAUACAAAACAUGGAAGAAGGGAAAAUACCUGCCAGUGAAACUGAUGAAGCCAGUAUGAAACGUAGAAAAAUUGCUGAAACCUUGGAUUCAUCUGCUAAUGUUUUAGUUGGCAAAGACAAGGACUCCAUGUUGCCUGAAAUCAAGACGAUAUCUAGUUCUCAGCAAAUAUCAGUUGAUGACACAUGGCAGGAACAAGGGGUGGAAAACCUUCAGGGCACACAAAAAGGUCUUCAUGUCCAGUUGAAGCCAGAGCUGUCAAAACUAUAUAAACUGUUGGAACUACCGGGGUGUGUUAUAUGCUUAUGUGAGGAACUUCUUGAGUAUACAUUGAAGAAUCACCAAGUCAGUCAGGAGCCGAAGGGCAUAUUGCAUGCGUUCAACAUUGCACUGUGCUGGCGUGCUGCUUCUCUCUUAAAGCACAAGGUUAGUCGUAGAGAAUCACUGGCACUUGCUGCGAAACACCUGAACUAUGAGUGCAAUGAAGAUCUUGCUGAGUUUGUUUAUGAGAAGCUAAGGAUCCUAAAGAAGAAGUUUUCACGUAGAGUAGGCGAAACGAGCAAGCAUAAUCGAUCAACUUUAGUAAAGAGCAUAUCACCAAACCAGCAGGAGACCUCAGUUAAAUUGGCAAAUAAUGAAUCAAUCCCUAACCAGGUAACAUAUGUUGAUGACAAUUUACAAAAAAGAUCAAGUCAAGAGAAUCCACAUGAUUCAUUGAUUGAGACAAUUGUACCAAGAGAGAAGGAAUUUCCGUCUGUUCCAGAAUUUCAUGAAAAACAACAUUUAUCGAAGGAUGUACUUGUUAACAGAAUCACAGAGAAAAAAAUUAAUUUAGUUAACAUGGUUUUCUCCUUGAGGGAAAAGAGUAUCCAUGAUAAACAAGCAAACGAGGUUGCAGCGUUCACCAUGAAAAAGCAUAAGGGAGUGUUGAAACUAAGGGAAGCAUGUAAAAUAGUUGUGGAGCAUCUUCGUAGGUCUUACGCGGGCCCAGAUGACAGAGAUGCUAAAAUAAAGCUAAUAGUUGAAUGGUUCACUAUGCUCCUAUAUGCGUUUCUGGAGCACAUCAGGUAUCAGCGUGAGAAGCUUGACUUGCAGCAAUCAGCAGUGUGGGUAAAGGAGUUGCUCUUGAAGGGAAAAUAUCUUCAAGAGGCGAAACUUGGCCAACUAGACCAUACUUUUGAUCAAGACAUUUCUUUACCAGAUUCAGGUUUUGUUAUGGAGGAGUUCAACCACUUCAGUUGCUGUGUUGAUACCGCUACUUUGGCAAACUGUCAGCAGUCGAUGGAAAUUACAUUGGUCCGAAGUGCGAUUUCAUCUGAAGUUGUCAAUCCAGGAGCUGCGAGAGAUGAGUCUGCUGAAACUUUUAUCCAGACUGAAAGAAGGCAGGAAUCAGAAGAUAAUGGUUUGACAGAGAAGAGGGUCAACAAUAGUUCUGAUUACAUUGACUCACGAGGGGCGUCUCUGGCUGUUCAACACACAUCUAGUUCUAAUCCUGCAAUUGAAAGUUGCAUCAAUCAGGAUUCUUCAACUGGUGAUCAUAGAAGCUCGGAACAUGUCGAGGGAGAGACUGAUGUGAGUUUGCAACCAUUACUGGGAGGUAUAGACCAUCAUUUAGGAGAUGCUGAAAUGGAAGUUAACACCUGUAAUAGCGACAGUACUCUUGCAGAUCCACCUGACUUGGAACCACAAACUGUGGCUCAUGUGUCUAGCCAGGCUUCCGAACAAAUGUCCAAAGAAGUUGAAACUUGGAAAAAUCUUGUGAUGCAGCCAGGCCAAUCAAGUGUAGCGCCAGCACAACUUUUGCAAAGAGAGGCUGAACAAGUAGGUCUUUCUGGUGAAGCACCAGCUCAGAUAUUGCAACCUGAAAUGCAACCAUCAGUGUCUAGGGAGGUUGAUACUCAGACAGAUCUGAUAAUUCAGUCAGCCCAACCAAGUAUGGUGCUAGCUCAACUUUCAGAAGAAGUAGAACAAGCAGCCCUUUCUCGUGUACCAUCAGCUCAGCAUUUGCUAUCUGGAAUGCAGCCAUCAAUUCCAGCAUCCAGUAUUCUGCUUGAAAGAACACACCCUGAUCAGAGUCAGCAAAGUAAUCAACCUGAGGAUGCACCGGGUUCUUCAGCACAACUCUUUUCGGUGGCAUCAAUGAUGUUUAAUUAUCCACCAGUUGGUGAUGAACCAUUGAAAAAUGAGUUGCACAGAUUAAGGUUGUACAUUGACUCGCUUAAUAAAACCCACGAACUGAAGCAAUCACAACUUCGGACUGAGUGUAGCCAAGAAAUAGAGAAGGUUAAACAAAAGUAUGAUUUGUUACUUCAAGAGCAAGAUUCCACUCAUCUUCAGCAAAGAAAGACACUAGAUGGUUUGUGUGAGAAAGUUCUCCUCAACCAGUCACUAGCUGACGAUUUUCGGGCGAAAUUCAUAUCUUCUUCUGGAGCACAAGGUAGAGCCCACAGCCCUACGAAUCACCAGAUACCACAGGUCUCUCAUCAAGUUCCUAUGAGGCCUUCAGCAGUUGUGUCGUCGUCAGUUGCUCGACCACCAGUGCCGAUACAUCAUGUUCAACCAUUACAGGCUGAUCGACCAUCAUCGGCGCAGGUGUCUCGUUCAUCAUCGCCAUCUUUACAAGUGCCCCGGCCUCGUCCCUCCAUACCAGGCAACAUUGUCAGAUCAACAUCAGUUCCUUUUAGUCACACACCAGUUCUGCCACGGGGAAGCUUUGGACUACAGAGUGAACUAGCACGUGCUCCUGCUCCUCAUCUUCAGCGACGGUUGCUUCCACUGGUGCAUUCUUUGGCCCCUGCAAAUCAGCAGCAGCUUCCAACUAGGCUGGAGGGCAGUACAUCUGCAAGGACACAGUCAAUCCCUGUGACCCCAGUACAUAUAAGACAGCCAUCACCAUCAAGCUUGCACCCAGGUCCAAACCCAGUUGUACCGGCACCCUUGGGCCCAUCAAGUUCACGACAGGUUCCGUCAAGUUCACAUCCGACACGCCUGCCAUCGCCAGUAUCUUCAGUUCCAAAUCCAGCUCUGCAAUUAACAUCACCACCAGGUUUCACUAGAGCAUCUAGCGUGUCCCCAGCCACAUCGGAUGCGCCGCCGAGUAGGAGAGUUGGGCCUUCCGCAUCAGGCACGCUGCAGUCAGAUUCUGAUUCCAUAUCGUUGGAUGAAUGGCUUACAGGAAGUCUUGGGUUGAGCAGUAACCCUCGAGGCUCGGCGGCUCCUAAAAAUGUGGUAUGCUUGUCUGAUGAUGAAUGAAAGCAAUGGAGGUAGGGACUAGACUAACAAGUAGAGUUAGCCCCCUUGAACACCUAGACAAUCUGACCUGGGAUGGCCUGUUAACCAAUUGAUAUGGCUGUUUGGUCGAUAGUAUGUUCACGUGCUGUUUUGCCAAACCCUGUCCUGUACGUACGUGCAUGGUAAUGACAGUCAACAGACUGCUGCACGUUUAGUUUGUACGUGCACAUGACUGGCUUCUUGGUAUGGCUUUCUGUUGAAGCCUGGUAAUGAUGUACACAUGUCAUGUUAGUAAUGUGAUCGCAACUUUUGCUUUUCUGGUUUUGCUAUUGGCACAAAGUCCCUAUGGAAUUGUGAA